AUGGAUACAUCCGACCAAUCAGAUGCACUGCCGGUCAAUUUGACGGCGGGCAUGCCGCAAAUCGACUAUCUCACUGGCCCUGACGUUAACGGCAGUUGGUCAACAGCGAUCCAGCUGCUGCCGUACCUCUCGAUCGUCGGCAAUCAGUCAACACUAGGUCUCGCCAAUCCCACGUUAUAUGACAUACUGGACCCGAACGAUGGUGUGGGCAAUACCACGGUCAAUGCCACGACUGCUGAAGUAGAAUGCUUCAACGUGCCGAAUACUACAGCAACAAGUUCAAACGUACUAGGAGAAGAAUAUUAUUGGAAGGCCAAUGCAAUAUACGAUAACUACGACAUGACCUUCUUUUUCUGGGGGAUCCUCGAUUCCGGGAGAGUAAUACACGACACCUGGUUUGAUCCGAAUUUGCACACUGGCUUACCCCUAGGACGUAAUGCCGUAUUUCUCACGACAUUUGAUGUGGUGGACAGUCAGGGAAAUGCAGGAUCGUACGUCUCGGGCUACAACUACACGAAUCUGCAGGUUAUCGGAUGCACACUCUCAUGGACUCCUACCAAAGCCAUCGUAGAUACGGGUUCGAGAUACGUUUUAGCUAUAGAGCCUGGAAGAGCGAUCAACCGAUCAUCUGCAUGGUCCGAAUGGAAGCCAGGAUUGCAGAACUCCACAGAUCAGAGGGAAGAUCUCCAGGCGGACGUAUGGGCCAGUAUGCUGGAUGACCCCAUCAACGGCGCGUAUUAUAAUGGUUACGCGCUGCCGAACGCGAAUGGUGAACCCUUACCUACGUCUCAAAUCGACGAGUAUAUCAUGACUGCGCUCGGUCAGCCCCUCGGCGGUAACGUCACGUUGACACAGUUUGAGAACACACUCAGCGAUCUGAGCGCCUCCGUAUUCUGGGCCAGCGUCCAUCUCUUGCCUUCGGGCCAACCAGGGAAUGACACGUCAAUCGUCCGCGGAUCUACGGUCGUCGCUCAGACUGUAUCCCGUCUAAACAUUAACCCUAUACCAUUAUUCUUCGGCUUCGUCGCAUCUGUCCUGCUUCUCGUUUUGGCAAUCUUCCUGACAUACGGAGCAACGAAAGCGAGUUACAUGUUGGACGGAAUGGGCCCGCUGCACGUCAUCUGGCUGACCGCAGAGCAUGCGGAUCUGCGAAAGCGCAUCGCGAGCGUUGGCGAGCCUGCCACGAGCGAUUUACGAAGAGCAGGCAUGCUGGAGACCAUCAGUCUUGAUCACGGUGCCAGCAAUGUGACUUUGGUAGACGUGGAGUACACUCGCGUAGACGGGAAGGAUAACGAGUAA